UUGAGAGUAGCAGAGGUGGCAGCUUCUCUGAUUCUCGUCUCCAGACCCGUGAGAACAUUCCCCAACUUCUUUGUCUUAGAGAAGGGAUCACCACAUUCUUCGUAAAGAUGUUGCAGUCGCCGCUGUCAGGCAGGAAGAUCCCAGUGGUCGAUAUGGGUCAGCUGGGUCUGGGACGGGAGACGGAGCCCAGCCAGGAGGCGUGGCAGAGGGUGGCGCAGGAGCUGCAUCAAGCCUUCGCGGACAUCGGCUUCGCUUAUCUUAUCAACCACGGUGUUCCCGAUGACCAGUUAAAUCGGGUCUUCGAGUUAAGCGCCGAGUUGUUCAGCCUGGAACAGGAGACGAAGAACAGGUUUUCAAGAGGAGCCGAUGAUGAUCAUGGAUAUGUCGCAGUGGACAGAGAGAAACUGGACCCAGAGCUGAGGUACCACGAGCUGCGAGAGGCGUACAACGUGAAGAACGUUGAUGGCAGGUUUCCGGAUGAGGAGGUGCCAUGCUUGAGGCCCGCCGUAGCCUCACUGAUAGACUCCUGUAUGGUCCUCACCAACCGGCUCCUCACUGUCCUCGCUCUCAGUCUAGGACUUGCUCGGGACUUCUUCACCUCCACCCACAGGGAGAUAUGCACCGGCGACAACAUGUCGAUCCUGCGCCUCCUUCACUACCCUCCCGUGCCUGGCGACGUCCCUGAGAACACCAUCCGCUGUGGAGCUCACACCGACUACGGGACCUUCACUCUCCUCUUCCAGGACCUCCUAGGUGGCCUCCAGGUCCGCGAGCGAGGGGGAGCGUGGAUCGACGCGACGCCCAUCCCAGGCGCCGUGGUGGUCAACGUGGGCGACCUCCUGCAGUUCUGGACGGCAGACCAGUACCUCGCCACGGAGCACCGAGUCGUGGUACCUAGGGAUGAGGUCCUCCUGAGGUCUCCUCGUCGUUCCGUGGUGUUCUUCGUCCACCCUGACGACCAGGUCUCCAUCAGGCCCCUGAAUGGCUCCUCCACCUACGCUCCCAUCACCGCAGCUGCCCACACCAUCCAAAGAUUCAAAGCCACCUAUAAUUAUCAGUGAAGAUGAUGAACAUGACCUCUGCUGAUGGUGAAUAUGAUCUGUAUUACAGACGAAGAGGGCCCCUACAUUAAGGACGAAAAUCCUUGUAUUAAAACAAAGAUGAUCCAAUGUUACAGACGAAGGUGAUCCCAACGUGUUCAAGUCGAAUCUGGACAUCUGCUAUUGACGCCAAUGGCUUCCUAGUAUUACCUGGUGGAAAAAGAUACCCAUCCUGAUCCAAGUACCUCGCCAUCACCAGAAUCACCAAACUACCAGCUUCCUGUGUGCUUGUACAUCAGCUUGCAUGACCAUGGCAGUCAUUAAAAUGCAGUGUGUGUACAGAUGUACAUUAUGUGCAUAGAGACAAAGGCGUACACUAACUUUCCAUAUCUUAGUGUGUUUGGGAAAGUAAUUUUUUUGUAGAUAGGUUCAAACAAAUGUGGUAUUAACUGUAGACAUUUCGUUCGCUGUCCACUGGACGGUCGUCAGACUUAUGUAAUCUAAAAUGAAGCUGUCUCACAGUCCAGACUG